AUGCGGCUUCCUCGCUCGAGCGAGAUUUUGUUAUCACUGCUUUAUUCCAACUCUGUUCUUGCCCAAGUUCAACUGUACAACUUCACUACCGCAUCCACAAACUUCUCUUCAACAUGUGUCGCCGUCUUGAACCAAGUGCAAAACUGUGAUCCGUCACUUGAGUGGGCGGGUCGCGGAAGGUACGAAGCGGAUGACAUACUGCAAGCCUUGUGCACGGCGGCUUGCACGGCAUCACUAUCAACAUGGUUGAAAAGAGCACUAGGUGCAUGCACAACGCGAUACGUUGACACUCAAGGCAAUGCUAUGCUUCCCGGUAUCUGGGUCGAGUCCAUACUCGAGAAUUACAGUUUACUAUGCCAGAAAAACGGUGACAAGUUUUGCAACGCCGUUGUUCGAGAUGCAGCUGGUGUGAAUCCUGAGAAUCAAUCGCAGACCAAAUCGGCAGUUUCAACUAUUACAUGCGAUGAUUGCUUUUUGAAACAGAUGCAAACACGCCUGCAGAUGCCGCUUCUGUCAAACUCCGACAUGGCAAAGACAUUCACGUCUUUGACGUCGGCUUGCAAGAAGACUAGCCUUGUUGUCACACCGAUUGCUGCCUCGACCGCAUGGGUUACAUCCACAACAGGUUCAGGCGCGACGCCAACGCCAACCGGAUGUACGGGUACAAUGUAUACGAUUCGCAGUGGAGACACGUGUCAAUCGGUCGCUGCUGCCCGCGGCAUAAGUGUAGCUGGUCUUCUCACCGCCAACGGUCUUCAGGGCUUUUGCGCGAAUUUUCCGACUUCGGGGGCACUUUGCAUACCCACUAGUGAAAGAUGCAAGACAUACACGGUGAAGACCGGCGAUACAUGUGCCAAGAUUGCUGAUGUAAAUAAGAAAGCAUGGGUUCAGAUCGUCUCUUGGAAUUCGGUGCUUGGUGAGGAUUGUGGAAACUUGGGGAGCUACAUCGGGUAUCCGAUAUGUGUAUCUACUCCUGGUGGAGACUGGAUCAAUCCGAGUCCAGUACCCAGUACCUCGGAGGCGACAACACCUCUUUCAAGUAUGCCAGGAACUGCUGUCAGUCUACUCCCUCGUCCUACCAACACAGGCUUCAUCAAUGGUAGCGAUGAAUGGCACUACCAAUACGGGAACGGAACUCGCCUUGACUGUAUCACCUACGUCAAUGGUUCUGACUUUGGUUCAAGCGCUUCAUGCGCAGAUGUCGCCAAAGAUGCUGGCGUCAAUUCCACGGAUAUCGCCGAAUGGAAUCAGUUAGAAGAUCCAUGCACGUUGGAUGGUAAACUUACGUACUGCGUACAGCGAGUGAAACAAGAUUUCACAUCGGAUGUGACUGAAUACUGCAACCUUGAGGAUACAGCUACGUAUGGGAUGACGUGUCAGCAGUUCGUUGCCUUAUGGGCGAUCGAUUCAAUGAGAUUGAACGAUUGGAACCCGGGAGUUGGGCCUGAUUGCGAGAAUUGGAUGCCAGGACGCACCUACUGCGUAAUGGCGCGCCAUUUUCGCCAACCAGGUAUUCUUGCAGCUUGUAGCAAGUUUGUCACAGCAAAUGAGACUGGCCGGCUCUCCGAUCCAUGCGGUCUCAUCGAACAGCCCAACGGCAUUGCUCAUGCACGCUUCGUCGCUUGGAACCCUGCGGUGAUGAACAACUGUAGUGGUAUCCGAUAUGGCUAUGACUAUUGCGUGAGUACGAUUGGCUUCAAGCCAACGUACACAUCGUACGUGGCACCGUGGGGCGCCACAACGGUGCCUUCUGCGAAUACGAUGGGAAUGGUGGCCAACAUGCUCGAUGAGACUAUGACUCCUGGUAGUUCAUCAUCUGAGCAUAUCUCGGUCAGUGCGAGUGUCAGGUCAGCGUCGAACGAGGCUACAUCUUCUGCGACUGUGCAGCCACACUUUCACAAGCAUAAAAGGGUGCACGGGCACCUGUAA